AUGGAUCCUGCCUCGUCUCUAGAGGGCUCUGUCGACGAUGAGCGUGCAGGCAAGCGUCUCAAAUCCAAUGGGUCGGUAGACUACAUGCGGUCUGUAGACCAAGUCAAUAGAGACUUGCCUAGUCAAACACCCAUGACCUCGGAAGUCGACCACCGUAGAAGUGGAGAUUUCUCGGAGUUUGCAUUCGACUUUGAACGGGAAAUGAAUGCGGCUCUUGGGCUGUCACCCACCGAACCCCGUCCACAACAGGCAUCGACCUUUGAGCCGCGUUUGAGCCCAAGUGCAACCAUUGCUCUCCAGUCCGAUGGCCCGCAGCACCAACCCGAAGAGGAGUUGAAGGAGGAUACUAGUCAUUGCGUGACUUGUGCCCCAACUGACGAUGAGCAGAGCGAGAAGAGCUUGCCAGGUCUUGCUAGCCAACCCCCUGCGCCUUCCACCGUGUCGGAUACGAAAGACGCAUCACUGCCGAGUAUCCCAGCUUCCGAGGCCAUCAUUCUGUCAAUCCGUCCAGUGUCUGAAGAAGAUGAAGCCCCUGUCUUACCACCAAAAGGACGCUUGUCGGUCGACCUCCCAACACAGGAUGUGGUUGCAAGAGAUAUCCUUCCGGAUGUUCCUCCAACGGAUGUUUCCCCUACAAAGGAAGAUGCACCAAGCCUUCCUCCGAAGGAUUUGCCCCCCAGGGACGAUCCUCCCAAGGGUCUUUUUUUGUCUCUGGAGUCAGAAUUUACCCCACGACAACCGUCUGUCUCCACGCUCGGAAUUGAUGAGCAUCAAGUCAGCCAUCCGCGAGAGGAAGAAGUUGGGACACCCCCCUCGCCAUUGCAGCAACCGGUGAACAGGGCCGAGGAUGAUAUGUCAGAACGGCAUGUGUACAACCAACCCAGCUCCAGAGCUCGGGUAUCCGAUAUCACUCUGCCAUCGCUCGACGAUGUUGCGCCAGGCUUUGGCUCAGCUUACCCACUACGACCCCCCAGUUCGGCAGAAAUCUUGGAGUCAAAGCGCAGGUCAAUCAGCGGUCUCCCUCCAUCAACCCCGGGUGUACAAAGCCCGCUCCGGAACGAAGUGAGAUACUCGCCAGGCACUCGAAGCAGCAUGUUGAGCUUUGGUAGCUUUGGUCGACAAAGCAAUAACAGCAAGGGCACGCGUCCAAAUACUCCGGCCAACGAGAUGUCGCAACACGCUGCAUCUGGUGAUUCCAAGAUGGACAAGUUGAAGAAUUUUGGAAGACGGCGUCGUGCGUCGGUGGGCAAUGCCCUCUCUGGAUUCCAAGAGGGAUUCUCGAAAGAAGUCCAGAGCCUUCAAACACGGAGCACUCAGAAUGAACCGCAGCAGAAGGACGGUGGCCAGAAGAAGCGGGGAUUUAGCAGAAUUAGCAGCAAGACCCCCGAUAUGAGUCACGGUAGACCGGCUCAGGCGAAAGCCCAGCCAGCAGCUCCUAUGGGGUAUCAAGCUCAAGACUCAUUCAGGCACAACGGCCACUCUACACUCGACCCAGUUAGCAAGGACCUCCCGCCUCCGCCGGUCUCCAGGUCCUCAUUCUCCUCUGUCGAAUCGCCCUCUCAAACUCGCGACCCUCGUCAGCGGGCAAGCAUGCCCCUUCCGCCUGUCGUUGCGACUACUUCUAUGUUAACUGGACGGUUCUAUUCAUCGAUGCAAUCCGGGGAAUCCUCUGCACCUCCCCAGCAUACUCGCACGAAGAGUCAACCGAUGCUGUCCCCACCACCAUUGUCACCCAUCGGGGGAUCUGAUUCUGGGAACAGCGGUAUAUCCCCUCCACUGUCCGAUGUGAGCCAGGUAGAAGAACGAACUCCGUCCCAAGAACGCGCUGAGGAAGACUUUCACCCACCUGUACCACCCAAGUCGCCUGAAAUCCAGCCCAAGCUCGAGCCAAGUCCCGAUCUAUCGAUCGACGUCUCAAACGUCUCCGUCAUGUCGACACAUCCGCACCGUGGUGAUGCGCGGUUGGUCAAUGACACCCCCGAGCCUGUCGAGCUCGCAGUCACACGUGAUGACUCCAGCGAGGAGAUCAUCAUGUCUCCCACGUCUUACCCAGGACAAGAAUGGACGCCGAUGAAUUAUUACUAG